CUUCAACUUUGGAAUUAUCUCUUUACCACACUCACUACAACCUUUUCUCAUUUUUCACGAUCACCUCAACACGAACGCCAAAAUGCAAUACUCGACUAUUCUCCUCGCGGUCUUCCCUAUCAUGGCUCUUGCCGCUCCAACCACUAUGUCUAAACGCCAGAUCAACGAAGAUAUCAUGACUGCCGCACUCAAUUGGCAGCAAGACACCGGCUUCGUCUCCAGCUAUCUCGACUACGCAGUCUCAACCUUCCCCAACCAACCUCCCAACCUUCUCUCAAACGGUGCUCAGGCAUUAGCGGCUGAGCAGAACGAGGUACUCCACAAACAAAUUCUCGACAACUACUUCAUCUACUUCACCGAUACGCCAAACCAGAAUGUCAUCAAUGCCAAUGCCGUCCUCACAUCGGGCAACCCCAGCACUUUUAUGAGUGUCGUCAACAAUCUCCAGGAUAUAUCUCAACCGAUGCGCGAAUGUGUUGCCUGCCAUUGA